UUCCUCUCCCCUCCACUGUCCCCAGCAUCUUUUACCUCACUCUUCAUUCCUUCGUCCUCCUCCUCCCCCCCUCCCAUAGCCUCCCUCUCUUCCCCCCCUCCCAUCGCCUCUCUCCUGCACCUCCCUCUCCCCCGUUUUUCCUUCACCCCGGUCUCCCCCACCUCCCCCGCCGCCUCUCCUCUCUGUUCUCCUGCCCUAUGGUCCAUCCCCUCUUUCUCCUUCUCCUGCUGCCGGUGUUUCAUUGGCUGCUGAUACCCGGCCCCCGGUAGCCACCGCUCGGCUCCGGCUGCCCGAGCCCGGCGGCCGAGCCCCUCUCCGGGGGCAGAGACCCAGGCGGACCCAGCGGGCUCCAGAGUGGGCCCCAGUCCCACAGCAGACACGGAGGGGGCGAUGGGCAGGUCCGGGAAGAAGGGCUUGCGUCUCCGAUAGUGCACGGUGGGACUCGCUCCCUCCCGGGACUGCUUUGCUCAGUCGCUUUGCAGAAGGGGGAAGGGGGAAAACAUGACUCGGAUUCUGCCGGUGAAGCAGAGGAAAAUGCACAUCCCAGCGACACAUUUCUAACAGAUCCUGAGAGGACACUGCCCACUGCCCUCUUCCCUGUCUUUGCUAUGGACGCUUCUGCUUUCAGCCUUCCCACACCGGCACUUGUGGAGGAGGGGAAUGCCUCUGGCAGCUGGGCAGCCUUCACCAUCCUCAACAGCUCCACAACCACCAGCCCUGGUGUGGUUGUCAGCGGUGUCCUCAUCCCCCUGGUCUACCUCAUUGUCUGUGUGGUGGGUCUGGUUGGGAAUUCUCUGGUCAUUUACGUGGUUCUGCGGCACUCUGUGAGUGAGUCGGUGACCAACGUCUACAUCUUGAACCUGGCCCUAGCUGAUGAGCUCUUCAUGCUGGGCCUGCCAUUCUUGGCUGCACAAAAUGCCCUGUCCUACUGGCCAUUUGGGUCUUUCAUGUGCCGCCUGGUGAUGGCCGUGGAUGCCAUCAAUCAGUUCACCAGCAUCUUCUGCCUGACGGUGAUGAGCGUUGAUCGCUACCUGGCUGUGGUCCACCCAGGGAAGUCCUCCAAAUGGCGUACUGCAAGGGUGGCCAAGGCUGUGAGUGCAACUGUGUGGGUGCUGUCUUCCAUAGUGGUGCUCCCUGUGGUCAUCUUCUCAGAUGUCCCUUUAGGGAUGAGCACCUGUCACAUCCAGUGGCCAGAGCCUGCUUCGGUGUGGAGAGCCGGUUUCAUCAUCUACACUUGCACCCUGGGCUUCUUUGGGCCACUGCUGGUGAUUUGCCUCUGCUAUCUUCUUAUAGUUGUGAAGGUUCGCUCCUCUGGCAGGCGGGUGAGGGCUCUGUCCUCCAAGCACAAGCUUUCAGAGCGCAGAGUGACCCGCAUGGUGGUGGCUGUUGUGGCUGUCUUCAUCCUCUGCUGGCUUCCUUUCUACGUUCUCAACAUAAUCAAUGUUGUCUGCCCACUGCCAGAGGAGCCAUCCCUCUUUGGUGUCUACUUCCUCGUGGUGGUGCUGCCAUAUGCCAACAGCUGUGCCAAUCCUAUCAUCUAUGGCUUCCUCUCCUAUCGCUUCAAGCAGGGCUUCCGGAGGGCCAUCUUCAGGCCAUCUCGCCGAGUCCAGAGCCAGGAGGUACCAGCGUGUGUCCCAGAGAAGACUGGUGAUGGAGGGGAAGAGGGCGAGAUCAGCAAGAUCACCCAGAAUGGUAAUGAGAGGCAGGAGCACCCUCUAAGCAGUGGAGAAGGAGAAAGCAAUGAGCAAAAACCACUCCCUGAGGAGCCUGUGGGAUGCAGAAAGAGCAACAAGUUGCAUGUCAGUUAUUUGUGAUAAAAGAAAUGGUGCAGGGGAAUGGGACACUGGGACAUGAGAUCCCCUUCACCCUCUGUGCAUUUUAAUGUCAAAGGCAAUGGGAGACUUUGAUACAAGGGACUAUGAAACUCCAGGACUUUGCUUAAGGAUGUGCAGUGCUGCAUGAACUUGUGGAUAAAGCAAGGCAUUGCCUUUGGCUUUGGAAGGGACACCUGAGGUUUGCGUGGUGCCAGGUAAAGGAAGGACUGCAUCCAGAGAGAGCUGAAGAGGUUAUGGGCACUGACAGUAUCAAGAGAGCAGGACCAGCCCUAGAACACAUGGUCUGUCCUUGAUCACCCAACUGUAAAUGGUAUCAGCUGCCAUCUGACAGCAGCACUUCGAGGAAGUCCUCAAACAGCACAUACAACAAAUAGGCAUCCCAGUGCCUUGGUUAUCUUCCUUAGAAACAUGGCAAGUAGUUUAUCCUAAAAGAAAAAUGGGAAGGAAAGAUGUCUGCAGUGAAGACAAACCAGCCAGCUGCAUGAAUGCCUGACCCUUCUCUAGCUCUCCAGUGAGUCUAGGGAACAGCUUUCCUACCCAUGUUGGCCAUGACUGGAGACCACUCAGACUGCUCAAAGCCUCCUCAUGAAGGAUUCUAGGCAGGCUGCUGGGACUUACUUGGGACAACAAAUGGGAUCUUUUCUUCCUUCACCUUGCAUUCUUCAGGGUUUUCCUGGUGCCUCUGCAUGCCGGUGGAAGGUAGAGCAAGGGUAGAGCAGAAGACAAUGAGGCAUGGGGUUUCUUACAAGUCAAAAUGCCUUUUCCUCCCCCUAUGCCAGAUUCUAAAUAAACAAAAAGCCUUUGGACUUGAAAGGCCAAAAGGUCAGAA